CCCGUUUGAAGGCUGUGACAAAAGACAAAGCGAGCGACAAAGCAUCGCACUGCUUUAGUCGAAUUACUUUCUGUCAGAUUUACCCUGUUGUGCAGUGUGACAGGCGCGCAGCUUCUUCUCUGGCGAUACUCUUCCUUGCGAGAUUUGCCUCUCUGACUCGUGUUCGCCCUUCCCAAACAGGUCUACAGCGUGUGUUUUAAUAGCCUACAGUUCGUCAAAGCAUUCACUGUGCCUCUGUGCCUAAUUCAUUCAUGUGUACCCUUUUAGAAGAUGGAGCUCAGUGAGCAGAACUUUGCUUCUUUGCAAAAGUAUCUUUAUGAUACCUUGAAUCCUGACGUCAAUGUCCGUAAACCAGCCGAGUCUUUCCUCGAAUCAGUGGAGGUAAAUGAAAAUUAUCCUAUGCUUCUUUUGAAGCUUCUCACAAGAGAUAAUGUUGAAAUGACUAUUCGAGUUGCCUGUGCUAUUACUUUUAAAAACUACAUCAAACGCAAUUGGAACACGGAUGAAGAUGCUAAGGACAGAAUUUCAUCUAAUGAUAGGCUGGCUAUCAAAGAAAAUAUAGUAAAUAUCAUGGUAAUGUCACCAGAAUCAAUUCAGAAGCAGCUAAGUGAUGCUGUGUCCAUUAUUGGAAAAUAUGACUUUCCUACCAAAUGGCCAAACCUUAUCACACAGAUGGUUGACAAGUUCCAGACAGGAGAUUUUUACGUAAUUAAUGGAGUGCUACACACGGCUCAUUCCAUUUUCAAGAGGUAUCGUUAUGAAUUCAAAUCCCAGGCACUUUGGACUGAGAUUAAAUUAGUGCUGGACAAUUUUGCCAAGCCGCUGACAGAUUUAUUUGUGGCUACUAUGAACCUCACAACUGUACAUGCAAACAAUAAGGAUGCUCUGAAGGUGGUCUACAGUUCUUUGUUAACUAUUAGUAAAGUCUUUUACUCUCUCAACUUCCAAGACAUACCAGAAUUUUUUGAAGACAACAUGGAAAUUUGGAUGACGAAUUUCCAUUCACUUCUUACUACUGAUGUACCAUGUUUGCGUACCGAGGAUGAUGAUGAAGCUGGUCUCCUGGAACAAAUAAGAUCUCAGAUUUGUGAUAAUGCUGGGCUUUAUGCUCAGAAAUAUGAUGAGGAAUUCCAGGCGUACCUUCCAACCUUUGUCACUGAUGUUUGGAAUUUAUUGACCAGUACCAGUCAUCUUGCCAAGUAUGAUUCGUUGGUUAGCAAUUCUUUACAAUUUUUGGCUACUGUAGCUGAUAGAUCUCACUACAGACACCUAUUUGAGGAUCCAGCGGUACUGAGCAGUAUCUGUGAAAAAGUCAUCAUUCCCAACAUGGAGUUUAGAACAUCUGAUGAGGAACUCUUUGAAGAUAAUCCAGAGGAGUACAUCAGACGAGACAUUGAGGGAUCUGAUGUGGAUACUCGUCGUAGAGCAGCAUGUGAUCUUGUAAAAGUACUUUCUCGUUACUUUGAGGAGAAAAUGAUGCAGAUAUUUGGUCAAUAUGUUCAAGCAAUGCUGCAGAAGUACUCUGAAAACCCCGGUCAAAACUGGCGCAGCAAAGAUGCAGCUCUGUACCUUGUAACUUCACUGGCUGCCAAGGGGCAGACAGAAAAACAUGGUGUAACUCAGUCCAGUCAGCUUGUCAACCUUACAGAUUUCUGUUCCCAACACAUUAUCCCAGAACUUGAAAAGCCUGAUGUCAAUGCCCUACCAGUAAUCAGAGCAGAUGCUAUCAAAUACAUCAUGAUAUUCAGGACUGUGCUUCCUCGUGAAGUUGUUGUUGGUUCUUUCCCCAAACUGAUCAGUCAUCUCUCAGCUUCAAGUGCGGUUGUUCACACUUAUGCAGCUGCUGCUAUUGAGAAAAUUUUGGCUAUUCGUGGCCUUGAUCACCAACCUCUUGUUAAAAAGGAGGAGGUAGCCCAGCUGGCUAGCAUCUUGUUGAGUUCCUUGUUCUCAGCACUGUGUCUGCCAGGUUCCUCUGAAAAUGAGUACGUCAUGAAGGCUAUUAUGCGCAGUUUUUCAUCUCUUCAAGAAAAUGUUAUACCAUACCUUGCCGAACUUCUUCCCAAACUGACUGAAAAGUUGGCAUUAGUGGCAAGAAAUCCAAGCAAGCCUCACUUCAAUCACUAUUUAUUUGAAACCAUUGGUCUCUCAAUAAGGAUUGUGUGCAAGUCAACCCCUGCAGCAGUGGCGUCAUUUGAAGAAGCAUUGUUCCCUAUCUUCCAGGGCAUUCUUUCACAAGAUGUUCAAGAAUUCAUCCCAUAUGUAUUCCAACUGCUGUCUCUUCUCCUUGAACUUCAUGAGAGUGGAACCAUCCCAGAGCCAUACAUGGUCCUCUUCCCUUGCUUGUUGGUACCUGUGUUGUGGGAUAGACCCGGCAACAUCCAUCCUUUGGUCCGCCUGCUGCGAGCAUUCAUCCACAAAGGAGCUGCUCAAAUAGCUGAGUCUCAGAAAAUUACUGGAUUGCUGGGUGUAUUCCAAAAAUUAGUAGCUUCAAAAGCAAAUGACCAUGAAGGAUUUUAUCUCAUUCAGUCUCUCAUAGAACAUCUACCAACGGAAGCAGUUUCUUCAUACCUUCGUCAGGUGUUCUUGUUGUUGUUCCAACGUCUUCAGUCUAGCAAGACAACCAAAUUUGUGAAGGGGCUUUUAGUAUUUAUGUGCUUUUAUGCUGUCAAAUACGGUGCUGCCAAUUUAAUUGAAAUGAUUGACGGAAUCCAACCACAAAUGUUUGGAAUGGUACUUGAAAAGCUCAUGAUUGUUGACAUGCAGAAAAUCAGUGGAACAGUGGAACGCAAGAUAACCGCGGUUGGGGUAACCAAAAUUCUGUGUGAAUGUCCUCAAAUGGUUGAUGGCCACUAUGCUAGGCUCUGGUCUCCUUUAUUACAAGCUUUGAUAGGACUGUUUGAGCUGCCCAAGGAUGAUUCAACCCAUCCCGAUGACCAUUUUAUUGAAGUAGAUGAUACCCCUGGCUACUCUGUGGCUUAUUCACAGCUUAACUUUGCAAAUAAACAAGAACAUGAUCCAUUGCAUGGUGUAGGGGAUGCAAGAUUAAAUCUAGCUCAGAAUCUAAGCAAGCUAUCAGUCUCUUACCCAGGCAGGCUGAAUCCUCUUCUUGCAUCAGGUCUCACUGAUACUUGCAGAGCACAUUUAAAAUCUUACUUAGAUGGUGCUAAUGUCCAAAUUGCUUAA